ACUUGGUUUAAUAUGAUAAUACAAUCUUGUUAAGAUCUGAGGCCUGAGAUCUGUUACUUGAUCUGAGGCCAACCUGACAAACUUGCAAUUAAGUGAAAAUGAAGUGUUUUAACAACUUAACCCAAACUUGUUAAAAGUAAACCCAAAAUUGGAUUCUGCAAAAAUCUGGUUAAAAGUGUUUCAUCUUUGCGUUCAAGGGAAAGGGUUGCUUUGUGGCUGGAAACCAUUUAUCAUUGAUUGUACUUCUUUGAUCUUCAAUGUUUAAAUAUUUAUUGAAUAAUUAAAAGAUUUGGACGAUUAAAAAAUCAAUGAAACCUGUCAAAAGAUGAAUUAUGAAUUAUGAUUAACUUUCAUUGAUCCCAGUCUUAUGAAUGGUUGUUUGCGGACCUUUAGGAAACAAAAGGGAAAUGUCUAAUUGUCAUUGAGUUUAAAGUUAAAAAGUAAUAAAUUGAAUUUAUUCAUUUCCAAUAUAGUGAUCAAUAAUACCUGUUGUUAUUGAAAGAAUCGCCGUUAUGGUAACCAUCAAUUGAGUGAGAAUCAAGAAAAAAAUGAUUGGAACAUUAACGAGAAGAAAAAAAGUUGAACAAAGUAAUGUCCAGAGUGAGGUUUAAAAUGUUAUUACAUCAAUAAUCAACUGACCACUGUAAAUGGCUUUGCAAAGAUUUGAAAUUCAAGAAACUGGCUCAAUAGGUAAUGACGGCGAAGAAGCUCAUGAUCUAUGUGCCAACCUAUUGACAAUUGUUUCAGUCAUAUUUGCUGUCCUCACCUUGCCUUUAUCAUUAUUUUUCUGUGUUAAAGUGGUCCAAGAAUAUGAAAGAGCCGUUAUUUUCAGAUUGGGACGUUUACUGGACGGUGGAGCUAAAGGACCAGGUAUAUUCAUCAUUUUACCUUGCAUUGAAAAUUAUACCAAAGUUGACCUGAGAACCUUAACCUUUGAUGUUCCGCCACAAGAAGUACUGACCAAAGAUUCGGUUACAGUUUCGGUUGAUGCUGUUGUUUAUUAUCGAGUUUUCAAUGCAACAGUUUCAAUAUCCAAUGUUGAAAAUGCCCAUCAUUCAACUCGACUUCUGGCUCAAACAACACUUCGUAACAUCCUUGGCACUUUCAACCUUCAAGAGGUUCUCAUAAGUCGCGAAUCAAUUUCAACUUCAAUGCAGACUGUUUUAGACGAGGCUACUGAACGAUGGGGAAUCAAAGUUGAGCGAACUGAAAUUACGGAUGUGCGUUUGCCUGUUCAAUUACAACGAGCCAUGGCAGCCGAGGCAGAAGCAGCCCGAGAAGCUCGAGCAAAAGUAAUUGCUGCUGAAGGGGAACAGAAAGCCUCUCGAGCCUUGAAGGAAGCUGCUGAAGUAAUCUCUCAAUCCCCAGCCGCAAUUCAAUUACGUUAUCUUCAAACAUUGAACACAAUUUCGGCAGAAAAAAACGCAUCAAUCAUAUUUCCAUUACCAAUCGAUUUACUGGCAAAAUUUAUCAAACAAUGAAAUAAUCAAAUAGUCUAGAUGAUAAAGUCAAACCCAAUGAUUAAUUAAAUCGAUCGAGAAAGGAAAAGCUUGGGUUAGAAAUUGAUUUUUCAAUCGUUGAUACAAACCCUUAUUUUUUUGUUUCACCUCUGACAGUUAUUCAAUAAAUUAUUUAUUAUUCAUUAUUAA